AUGGCCUACCAGUUGAGAAGUGUGGUACACCGUACAGAGUGGUGGUACCAGCUGGGACGCCGUCCGGCUAAUCGUCAGCCCGAACCCCGAUCACUCGGCACUACCGCAGAAAAGUACAUCCGGGGCCGCGUGGCAAUUGCUUGGUCAAUCAUCAAACAUCAACUCACCUCAACCUCGACAACACCAGCAGGGCGAUGGGAAUCUUUCGGCGACAUUCGAACUUGGACGUCUAACAAAGCCUUGAACGUGCGGGAAUUCGGAAGCAGAGGUGGAAUACCACUUAAAACACGCCCGCCCGACAGUCGGGGUCGUCUGAACGACCUUCCAUCACUAUAUCCAUCGACUGAUGGCAUGCUCAAGCUACGAGCACAUUCCAGAAACCGGGGUCCUUGCAAGGCCUGUCAGGCAUCGAAGCGGAAGUGCGAUCAGGCAAAGCCGCAGUGUUCGCGCUGCCGCAAAAAGAAUCUAGACUGCGAGCCUUCGCUUCAGGCCAGAUGGAGAGUUCAGACUCUUCAUAACUCAUAUGAUCGAGAAACCUCAUCUCAAACGACGCCAAAGACCAUAGGCCGUGUCAGUGAGACCCGCUUAGUGCAGGAGGGUCCUCAACAAGCUGACCUCAUCGAUCACACGUCGGCAAGUGCAUUCAAUCAAGAUGCGGGCAAUGUCGAAUGUACUGCGCACAUAGAAGAUGCCCUUGCCUCGUUCAAUCCCCUCGAAUUUCCCUUCAGCGACUUAGAUACAAGCGGCUCGCAGCCCAUGGACUCUUUCUCGUGGACUAACUUGGGCUCGGAGGGCUUAUCACCGCUUCUUCUCUCGGUCCCUUCCUUCUCUCAGUCGUCUUUCGGCGUAUUUUCACAUGAAUUCUUAAAUACUCCCCCCCGCCUACAAGUGAGAGAUUCCCCCUGGAGAAGCACAGACUCCACUCUGCCGAAUGGAACCGCGGUAGAAAUUACGAAUACUACCCAAGGACUUAGUGACUCUACUCGUCUAAUAUCCGACGCCUUGAGCGCCACCAUCGAGGACAUCCUUAAUCCUGGAGGCCUGACUGAACCGAGUCUCUCGGAACACAGAAGCUACUUUAUUUCCUUGUGGCAGUCAUUUGUUGAGCAAAUCGCGCCUUUUCUGACACCAUUCGGGAGCCGCACAGAUAACCCAUUCCUCAAGUACCUGGUGCCACAAGCGGAAAAGAGCUCGGAGCUUUUGAUUGCUGUUCUACGUUUGGCUCAGAUCAUUGUCAGACGCGGCCGCAAAGGUCCAACUGGCCCAGAUGGCUGCUUCCUGGAGGGGAGAGCCAACGAUAUUCAGCAAGUCAUGGAACACGCCAAUGCUCUCGCGCCAAAUAUCUUGGGAGGGGAGCCUGAGGGUCGGACCUCGCAGACGCUUCUGACCUUAUCAACCCUGUUAGUCCUCUGCAUGGGCUUCGUUGCUACUCAAGACGCCGCCAAACUUGUCUAUCACUUGGAGUACGCCGCCAUAAUUUGCCAGGACUUAUUCAAGACACUUGCGGAAGACGAAAGAUUUUUAUACCUGGCCAAGUUGCUGGGGUUCAUCCAGAACACGUUGCUAUUUAGCACUCAUUCCAACAGCAUCACCACUCCGGACUACCUCAGCGUAGCCUUGGAGUUUCACGACCAGACACAGAGCAAUGCCUUCCGUGAGCUGAACGGAAACUUGCCAGACUGUGUCCACUUCCGAGACUUGGACAUGUUCUCCGGUAUGUCGACCUCAAUGGCAAGCAUCGUUUAUACACUAGGAAGGCUUGUCAAGACAAAGAAUGCAGGCCUACAUGGGACUUAUAUAUCCCAUGUGGAAUGUAUCAGAUCUUUUGAAUCCGACGUGGAUGGGUUGGAGGCACGUCUCAGACGGCACAUGGCUUUGAUGACCAAACACCGAGAACAACACCCAGCAAGCACGUAUGACGUUUCGGUGAUGCGGUUUUUAGACUUAUUUAACGAAGCAGUACUUUGGAGUGCCUGGACCAUCUUCUUGACCGAUCUCAAAAAUCGAUCGUCAGCCAGCGAUGCCGACACGCAUGAUGCUGUAGAACACAUCCUCGACGCCUGCGCAGAAGUGCCGGAAGAAAGCGUGACCGCGCAAUUGUUCCUUUUCCCUCUGAUGAUUGGUGGCAUACGGGCGACUAAAAAGGUCUACCGUGAGUUCGUUUUGAACAGGAUGGCAAAGUUGGAUAAUAUCGGCUUGACAGACACAAAGACUUUGUGCGAAGAACUCAAGUAUUGGUGGUCCGCCGAGCGGUCCAUGGGUGGUCCGACGGAGCUAUCCAAGUUUGUCUUUUAG